UACGCAGAUGCGAAUUUACGUGUCAUGUCAACCCCUACGCACGAUGCUGCACCUGUGAAUCACACACAAUCAGCUUCUGAUGUUCCACACAUGCUCUCUUCCCAGUAGGCUCUGGUCCAAACAUCAGUCAGACUCUGAAGCUAUCGAGGAGACGAUGAGUGUCCCGGCUCUUACCAGCCUUGACGUACAGUCUUCCGCGUCUGGCGGUCAUGUAGACCCUAUCUUUAUCGCCAAUGAAUCAGAUGUAUCGUUCAUGUCAGAUCUAUAUAGGCCGACGCUGAUAGACGCAACAACGGACAAAGAGAGAGGGGGAACAGAUGAGGAAAAGGCAGAUUCAAGAAGGGAAGCAGAGAACAGGGAAGCAGAAAAAUUGGAGAUAGAAAGAAUGGGGAUACAAGAAAUGGAGUUGGCAACCAGGGAAGCAGAGACAAGGGAAAUCGAACGAAUAGAAAUAGAGAAACCGGAGAUAGAGAGCCAGGAGUCUAUAGUGGCUAACGAGGCAGGGACAAAGAAAGAGCCACGAGUUUCUCCCGCCACGAAUACCUCAAAACUUCUUCGAACAGAGCGCAAGCUUAACAAGAAGGAUCUCUUCAUGGGCUGGUACAAGUCCAGGGGCUCGUCAGAGCUUCGGUACCCGCGCGAGUGCAUAGCACCCAAGAUCGGCGAUGUCUAUGUGCACUCCUGCAAGAAAGAGGGCCAUCCGAAGUUUCAGCUAUGGGUGCGACAGAUCAGCCGUGGGAUGACCAUCUGGGUCAAAGCUCACAUUUUCCACAUACACCCCAAAUUACUCGACCGCAGAUUAACGCUGGCGACGACAGGGGAACCCUACUGGUCAACGAGACUUUCGCUUUCGGCUUCGGGAAGUCGGGAGAGAGCUGGCAAGAUUGCAGACAUGAUUCUGUAUUGACUAGCUUGGUGGCUUGGUCCUGCAGAUGGUACUACUUUACACUAGGGCUGACCCAGACGAUAAUGACAUACUACAAUACUACUAACCUCAGGCAAUCUAGGGACCUUGUACAAUUACCGUUGACUUACUACGAUCUUCACUUGAUUUUCUAGGUGUAGCGAUGUGCAAAUGGUGACUUCAUAU